CCCUAGGUUGAUCCUAGCUCUAGAAUAGUAGUCGUAUACGUUGAAUUAGAAAGGAGAUCGGGAACAAUGGAUCCGUCGAUGACAGAUGAUCUAACGAAUCCAGAAUUGGGGAACGUUUUGUUCGAAAAGGCCAUGAAAGGGAGAUGGGGUGAAGUCGUCGAUAUAUGUACGGAAAACCCAUGGUCUCUGGUGGCCGGAAUCACCAGGUUGGAGGACACACUGUUACACCUAGCUGUCUCCGGCGGCCAAGAGGAGACGGUCCGAAAACUCACAUAUAUUAUCUCUGAACAGCCAAAUCACGAAAUGCUUCUCAGGGUUAAAAAUGAGAGAGGGAACACCGCUCUCCAUAUCGCUGCACUAAUGGGGAAUGAGGCCAUGUGUAAGUGCAUAGCAAGUGUUGAUUCUUCAUUAAUCGGACAACGUAACUAUGAGGGAGAGACUCCUCUUUUCACGGCAGUGCUCUUCGGUAAAAUACAAGCUUUCCAAAGUCUUUACGAUUUGUGUCCGUUCUAUGAGCGUUACAGUUAUUCCAGGAAUACGCGUGGUGACACGAUUCUUCACUGCGCCAUUUCUGGAGACCAUUUUGAUUUGGCAUUGCUGAUAAUUGAGUUGUAUGGGGAAGUACUGGUAAACGCUGUCAAUGAGGAUGGAAUCACACCUCUCCAUCUACUAGCGGACAAGCCCUCGGCUUUCCCAAGCGGCAGCCGCCUUGGAGUUUUCGAUCGAAUCAUUUAUCAGUGCAUGUAUGUUGACGAGCGCAAGGUGAUGGAACCAGAUGAUCAUUUUUUCCAGCGCUCUAUGCAACCGAUAGCAAGACUUCCCGCCUACGAAAGGAAUCCAAAUAAUUAUCCAGAGAACUACAGAACAUGCAACGACUUCUAUCGAUUGUUUUGGAAUUUCUUUACAUUUUUACGACUCGCGAUGGGAAUAAAUGUUGGAGUACAGACCGAUGAAGAGAACCCUCAAACACACGCAGGAAAUCAAGAAUCCAAAGGCGCUACCAACGAAGCAGCUUGGAACCGUCGAUUUUUUCCAGCUAAUUAUGACGUUUGCUGCAAUUUUCUCAAGCUUGCAAACAGGAUAGUGUUGAUCGUUCUUGGAGGAGGAAUCCCCACUAUAAGGAAGAUAUACAAGGAGAAACGGCAGCACACACUGUCAAUUCAGAUCAUGAACAAACUUUUACAGGGUGUUAAAAUGUCCGAAUAUUAUCACGCUGGGAAGAAGCCCUCACAACCGUCAGAUAUAGCCAAAGAUACACCAAGAAAAGAGUAUCUGCAGGAAACAAACCCAUUAUAUGCGCUUGAUGCUCAUGAUUCUGAGGCUGAAAACAGAGAAGAAGGGGUGGGAGGAAUUAGCGGUGGCAUAGGAAGGAAGCAUGAAGCUAGCAGCCAGCAAACAAAUUCUACCGGAGGUAUUAAUAAAGAUCAGUCCCUUGCGGAUGCAGGGAAGAAAAUAAUGACGAAAAAUGAACCCGAGACUGCAAUAUUAAUCGCUGCUAGAAAUGGUGUUGCCGAAAUUGUGGAGAAAAUUCUGGAAUUGGUUCCGGUUGCCAUACACGAUGUGAAUGCAGAAAACAAGAAUGCAGUGCUGUUGGCAGUAGAGAACAGGCAACCCCAUGUAUAUAAACUCUUGCUGCAAAGAAAUAUCCUGAAUAGAGACAGCGUGUUUCGUGUCGUGGAUAAGAAAGGGAAUAGUGCCUUUCAUCUCGCGGCAAAGCUUGCAGCCUAUAAGCCUUGGCUAAUUCCUGGGGAAGCCUUGCAAAUGCAAUGGGAGAUGAAGUGGUAUGAGUUUGUGACUACGUCCAUUCCCUCCAACUUCGUUCCCCGCUACAACAACAAGGGCAAGACCCCUGAGGAAGUGUUCAUCAAAACUCACAAGAACCUUGUCAAGAAAGGUGGUGAGUGGUUAACCAAUACCUCCCAAUCCUACUCUGUCGUCGCAGCACUUAUAGCCACUGUGGCCUUCGCCACCUCCACCACAGUGCCUGGAGGCGUCAAGGAGGAUACCGGCAUUCCAACGCUGGAAAACAAACCCGCAUUCCACCUCUUUGCCAUCUCAUCACUUGUUGCACUCUGCUUCUCGGUCACGGCCUUGGUUAUGUUCCUCUCUAUCUUAACAUCACGACAUCAGGAGAGAGAUUUCGGAAAGGACCUGCCUAGGAAGCUUUUGAUAGGUUUAACGUCGCUGUUUGUUUCCAUAGCUGCGGUUUUGAUUUCGUUCUGCUCGGGACAUUUCUUUGUGGUACAAAAUAAGCUGAAGUAUGUAGCAUUUGCAGUGUAUGCAGCGACGUGCCUGCCAGUAACUUUUUUUGCUGCAGUGCAAUUUCCGCUAUAUUUUGAUCUUAUACAUGCUACCUUUACGAAGGUGCCACGACGAAGCUAUAAGGCAACUCUCUAAUGUCCCUUUUUCCA